AUGGGACAGUCAACUUCACUGCGGCUUCUAGCUGCUGCAGUUUUUCUGCUCAUCGCAGUCGCAACCGCUCGUCCGGACGGUUCUCACAGCCAUGAAGGGAUGGGAGGCGAGGAUAUGGGUAUGGACAUGAGCCAGAAGGAUUCCAUGUCGAAACCAGUGGAGGAUUGGGAGCUCAGCUACUGGGCUUAUGGUGAAUACAGCGCGUCGAUAACGGCUCACAUUGUUCUCGAGGUGCUUGCUUGGUGUUUUGUCUUGCCUGUUGCCGUGAUGCUGAGUGUCGCGCAUUCGCGAUUCACCAUCCCAGCUCAAUUCGUCUUUUUGAUUGUGAAUGGCGUCGCCUUGUUCUUCGGUCUGGUCUACAACGCAUCUACACCCGAUCUGUAUCUGAACAACGCGCAUCACAAAAUCGGCUGGAUUGCAAGCUCCGUGGUAGUUGCGCAAUUCGUUAUUGGCAUCAUCUACGCUUACUCGGGUCGGCGCACCAAGAACGUGACCUCGCAGUAUCAGCGCGCAACAUUUUUCCCGGUUUCAACUGAGAAUAUGAUGGAGCACCAGCAAUUGUACACUCCUGUGGCUGAGUAUCGCUGGUCUGGCGAUAGCGGCCAGGGGACUAGCUGUCCAACAUCCCCAGAUGAAGAACACCACCACAACUUGACCAAGCCUGAAGAGGAAGACGACGUCGAGGUGCCUACUCCGCUUUCUCGUGGUUGGUUGCGCAGUGCGUUCUUGGACGGCUUUUUCGCAAGUCGCGUGCCUGGUUUGGUCUCGAACAAGGUUUUGCGCGGAUUGCGCCUGGUCUACAACAUCAUAGAUCGCAUAAUUCUGCCUUUUGGAUUCAUUGCCUUGACUUCCGGUGCCGUCACUUACGGCGGUAUUUUCAAAGCGCACAGUAUUUUCAGCGGUCUUGCUCACUUCAUCAAGGGCGGUAUUUUCUUUUGGUACGGACUGGUCGUUCUAGGACGAUACAUGGGCUGCUGGGCCAACUGGGGUUGGUCGUGGAACUUGAAGCCGGCCAACUCACGUGCUCCUACUGGAGAAUUUGUUGAAUCAGCCCUGAUUUUCACCUAUGGUUCUACCAAUGUCUUUUUGGAGCAUCUCGGUAGCUGGGGUCAGGCAUGGAGUCCCCAGGAUCUUGAGCACGUUUCCAUCUCGGUGAUGUUCUUUGGUGCUGGAUUGUGUGGUAUGCUCCUUGAAUCCAAGCGAGUACGAAGCUGGUUGAAGCAAAGCAUUGUCGGCGCCUCUCGCAACCAAUCCAACGAAGACGAAGAGCCAUCGAGCGUCUCUUUCAACCCGAUGCCGGCAUUGAUCAUCUUCUUGCUUGGUAUGAUGAUGGGUGGACACCAACAGCAACAAAUGGUCUCGACAAUGGUCCACAAACAAUGGGGUUCCCUUCUCUCUGGUGCUGCCAUGGCGCGUGGUGCCACCUAUGCCUUGACUUAUGUCCGCCCACCAACUUCGUAUCUUCCCGCUCGCCCACCCACUGAGUUGAUUGGUGCCUUUUGCUUAAUUUCCGGUGGUCUGAUCUUUAUGCUUAGUGCCUCCGAUAUCAUGGACGUGAUGGUGUGGUACGAUCUCGACGCCAUGUUCACCUUCAACGUCGCCAUCGGUCUCAGCUGCUUCAUCAUGGCCUGGGAAAUCGUCGUCCUUGCCAUCAAAGCCUGGGCCGUUAAGAAAGAAAACUCCCAAUCGCACGCUCGAUCGUGGUCCUCCGCUUGA